AUGGAGCUGGCGGUGGUAGAUCUGAGCUUGUACUUGGGAUCGAAGGGCGAAGUGAAGGAGUUGUGCGGCGAGGUGAGCCGGAGUCUGAGGGAAACGGGUGCUCUGUUGGUCAAGGACCCCAGAUGUACGGCCGAGGACAACGAUCGCUUCCUCGAUAUGAUGGAGAGGUACUUCGAUAGACCGCCGGAUUUCAAGCGACUCCAGGAGAGGCCCCAAUUGCAUUACCAGGUUGGGGUGACACCAGAGGGUGUGGAAGUGCCAAGAAGCCUUGUUGAUGAAGAAAUGCAGGAGAAAUUGAAAGAACUGCCCAAAGAGUUCCAGCCAUCCAUUCCCAAGGGGGCAGAUCGCAAAUGGCGAUACAUGUGGAGAGUGGGUCCUCGACCCUCAGAAACCCGCUUUCAGGAACUUAACGCAGAGCCGGUCGUACCCGAGGGGUUUCCUGAAUGGAAAGAUACCAUGGAUUCAUGGGGUUACAAGAUGAUAUCCGCAAUAGAGGCUGUUGCCGAAAUGGCUGCCAUUGGGUUUGGCUUGCCAAAGGAUGCAUUCACAUCACUUAUGAAGCAGGGACCACACCUUCUAGCUCCAACAGGAAGUGACCUUCAGCGUUACGGCCAGGAGGGUACUGUGUUUGCAGGAUAUCACUACGACCUGAACUUUCUUACCAUUCAUGGCAGAAGUAGAUUUCCUGGUCUGAAUAUCUGGCUAAGAAAUGGGCAAAAAGUUGAAGUGAAGGUUCCUGUAGGAUGUCUUCUCAUUCAUGCUGGGAAGCAGAUGGAGUGGUUGACUGCAGGAGAUUGCAUAGCUGGAAUGCAUGAAGUUGUUGUAACAAACAGGACAGUUGACGCAAUCAAAAUAGCAACGGAGCAACAUCGCUUACUUUGGAGAGUAUCUUCUACAUUGUUUGCGCACAUAGCAUCUGAUGCUGUGUUAAAGCCCUUAGGUCGCUUUGCAGAAUCCUCGCUUGCCAGUAAAUAUCCGGCGAUUUAUGCAGGAGAGUUUGUUGAACAGGAGCUUGCAGUAAUCAAUCUCAAAGGAAACAAGGGAGAAUUUGAUAACCUGUAA